UAUCCUCCCGAUCCAACGGACCCAAACCACACUCUCUCUCUCUCUCUUUUCUCCCUCUCUCUCUCGCCGCGACCUCCGAGUUACCGUUCGCCGUUUCCGAUGGCAGACUCCGACAACGAUUCCGGCGGUCACAAGGACGGAGGCAGCGCGUCGUCGCGUGAGCAGGAUAGAUUCCUCCCGAUCGCGAACGUGAGUCGGAUCAUGAAGAAAGCGUUGCCGGCGAACGCGAAAAUCUCAAAGGACGCGAAGGAGACGGUACAGGAGUGCGUAUCGGAGUUCAUAAGCUUCGUCACCGGAGAGGCUUCCGACAAGUGCCAGAGAGAGAAGAGGAAGACGAUCAACGGCGACGAUCUGCUCUGGGCGAUGACGACGCUAGGGUUCGAGGAUUACGUGGAGCCGUUGAAGAUUUACCUUCAGAAGUACAGGGAGGUGGAAGGGGAGAGGACGACGACCACGACCACGGGGAGACAGGGCGAUAAGGAAGGCGGCGGCGGAGGAAAUGGGAGCUCCAGCGGCGGCGGCGGAGUUGGAGGAGGAGGAGGAUACAGUGCGACGGCGGGAGGAGGGAUGUACGGUGGGAUAGUGACGAUGGGGCAUCAUCAUCAGGGACACGUGUACGGUGGAGGGAUGCAUCACGCACAGCAAAGCGGGUCCGCACGUGCUGAUUAGUUAAAAAGCUCUGACUCCGUUAACUCGAACGUGGUGUGGUUAAUCAAGCUUUUGACUCCGUUGACUCGAAAUGGCUCUCUAAAGCUUAGAUUCACUAUAUGCAAUGUAAAUAAAUGUCUUAUAUUUCUCCUUGCUCUGCUUCUUAUGUAUAAGAGCUUGUGUUGUUGUUCAUCACACUGUGUUGGUUUGAUUCUUCUAUUUUCUUUGAUCAGAGCCA